UGGCUUUGGAUUCUUAUGGCAAAUCGUGCCUGCCAGCUUUGCUUGGGCGUGGUGGCUACUUAGGCUUUAUUAUAAUCUAGUCUGUUGGGGAAACAAAAUCAAUUCACCAAAAAGGCAAAAAGGCCCAAGCUUUGAUAGCUUUUUGGGUGGAGUUGAGAAGAGGCAGAGAGUGAGUUUUGAGAGAGAGAGAGAGAGAGAGAGAGAGAUGGUGGAGAGCUGGAGGUGGGUUUUGGUUGUGGUGAGCUUCUGCAUUUGGGGAUGGAGUCUCAGUUCAGUUAAUGCUGAUACAGAUCCACUUGAUGUUUCUGCUCUCACGGUGAUGUAUACUAGCUUAAAUUCCCCACCUCAGCUAACCCAAUGGAGUGCAAGUGGUAGUGAUCCAUGUGGCCAGUCUUGGAAAGGUGUUAAAUGUUCGCGCUCACGAGUAACAGAAAUUGAUUUAUCAGGUCUUGGACUUUCUGGAACAUUUGGGUAUAACCUUCAAAGCUUGACCGCGUUGACCAAUCUAGACGUGAGCAAUAAUAAUCUUGCAGGCGGUAUACCUUAUAACCUUCCUCCAAACGUGACACGAUUAAACCUUGGCGCAAAUCAAUUCACACAAGGCAUCCCUUAUUCCGUCUCUAUGAUGACUUCUCUUAAAUACUUAAACAUCAGUCACAAUCAGCUUCAGAAUACACUGGAUGAUGUGUUCGGAAAGCUCUCUUCCCUUACCACAUUGGAUCUCUCUUUCAAUUCCAUGCCAGGUAGCCUCCCCGAGAGUUUUAGCUCCCUCUCAAGUCUAAAGACAUUGGAUUUGCAGAAUAACCAGUUAACAGGGACUAUUGAUGUCCUAGCCAAUCUCCCCCUCGAAAAUCUGAAUAUCGAAAAUAACCAUUUUACCGGCUGGGUUCCAGAAACGUUGAAAGACAUCAACCUGAAGAAGGAUGGAAACACAUGGAACUCAGGUCCUGCACCCCCACCGCCACCUGGUACCCCUCCAGCCAGCAAGAACAAUGGAAAUCGCACACCUGGCAGCAAUGGUACACCAUCAAAAAAUGGUGCGAGUGACGGUGGUAAGAAAUCGGGAAUAGGAGCUGGUGGCAUAGCAGGAAUAGUGAUAUCAAUUUUCGUUGUUACGGGGAUUGUAGCGUUCUUUCUCAUAAAGAGAAGAUCAAGGAGGUCAUCUCCCGAUAUAGAAAAGAUUGAUAGUCAGCCCUUUGCGCCCCUUGCUUCACAUGAAGUAAAAGAAAUGAAGUCUGUACAAACCUCUGCCACAUUGGAUAUGAAGACCUUUGAUACUCCUGCCACAAUAAAUCUUAGACCCCCACCUGUUGAUCGUCAUAAAUCAUUUGAUGAUGAGGAAUUCUCAAAGAAGCCCAUUGUUGUGAAGAAAACCAUCGCUGCUCCUAUAAAUGUGACCUCAUAUUCAAUAGCAGACCUGCAGAUGGCUACUGGAAGCUUUAGUGUUGAAAACCUUCUUGGUGAGGGGUCUUUUGGACGUGUUUAUCGGGCUCAAUUUGAUGAUGGGAAGGUUCUUGCUGUUAAGAAAAUAGAUUCAUCUGUUCUUCCAAGUGAAUUGUCUGAGGAUUUCACAGAGAUCGUUUCAAACAUCUCCCAUUUGCAUCACGCAAAUGUAACGGAGCUGGUGGGUUACUGUUCGGAGCAUGGACAGCACCUGCUAGUCUAUGAGUUCCAUAAAAAUGGUUCGUUGCACGACUUCCUGCAUCUUUCAGAUGAAUACAGCAAGCCAUUGACAUGGAACUCUCGGGUUAAGAUUGCUUUGGGGACUGCACGAGCACUAGAGUACUUGCAUGAAGUUUGCUCACCAUCAAUUAUUCACAAGAAUAUAAAGUCCAGCAACAUAUUACUGGAUGUGGAGCUCAACCCUCAUCUUUCAGACUCCGGCCUUGCAAGCUCUAUCCCCAAUGCUGAUCAGGCAUUGGACCACAAUGCAGGAUCUGGGUACAGUGCACCUGAGGUUGCGAUGUCUGGUCAAUAUACUCUAAAGAGUGAUGUCUACAGUUUUGGAGUGGUUAUGCUGGAGCUUAUUAGUGGGCGCAAACCAUUUGAUAGCUCAAGGUCUAGAUCCGAACAAUCUUUGGUUCGAUGGGCAACACCCCAACUCCAUGAUAUCGAUGCUCUUUCAAAAAUGGCAGACCCAGCUCUCAAGGGGCUCUAUCCAGUUAAAUCUUUGUCACGGUUUGCUGAUGUGAUUGCCCUCUGUGUCCAGCCCGAGCCUGAGUUCCGACCACCAAUGUCGGAAGUCGUUCAAGCAUUGGUUCGGUUAGUGCAGCGAGCCAACAUGAGCAGGAGAACAGUUGGAAACGAUCAAGGAGGAUCCCAGAGAGGUGACAGCACUGAUGCACAGGAGGAAAUGUCUUGAACGCAAACUUGAGGCAGCAACACGGAUACAAAAUGAUGCCAUGCCUGAAGCAAAGAGUACAUUUAGUUUAUUCACCUUGGCUAAACCAUAUUUUACCGGGUCUACAUGCCUGGUAGGAUGUGUUUGUUAAUAUUUACAUAGUUGAGGUAGUUCUUUCAUUGUUAAUUUUUUCUUUUCAAAAUUGAACUUGGUGCCUGUUUAAAGCAGUUUGGAGUUUGUUUCUAAUGGGAGUUUCAAUUUUUUUUUCCUGACAUUAUGUAUACAUUAAACCAGGGCAUGUGGAGUUUGUAGCGUAGGCUGAAUAUAUAUCAGUUUGCGGUGCAGGUGCCACUGGUCCUUUGGUGCUCAACAUUUUCUUGUAGGUGUACAAUAUUGAAGUAAAUAAAUUAGAAUUUGAAAU